GUGUGCUGGCGGAGGGCAGAGUCCCGUCGGCCCGCCCGCCCGACGCCUGGGACCACCGCCCUGCUAGGCAGCGCCUCGUAGCUCUGAGGCGACAUGCACGCCACCUCCGGCGCGUUCCCAAGUUUCCGGCCUUAGCCUGGCCUCUUCCCACGGGGAAGGCGUGCAAGAAACAUAGGAAAAAUUUCUAUUGAUUUUAAAUUAAAAUGGAAAAAUAUGAGAACCUAGGAUUGGUUGGAGAAGGGAGUUAUGGAAUGGUGAUGAAGUGUAGGAAUAAAGAUAAUGGAAGAAUUGUGGCCAUCAAGAAGUUCUUAGAAAGCGAUGAUGACAAAAUGGUUAAAAAAAUUGCCAUGCGAGAAAUCAAGUUACUAAAGCAACUGAGGCAUGAAAAUUUGGUGAAUCUGUUGGAAGUGUGUAAGAAAAAGAAGCGCUGGUACUUAGUCUUUGAAUUUGUUGACCACACAGUUCUUGAUGACUUGGAACUCUUUCCAAAUGGACUAGACUAUCAAGUCGUCCAGAAGUACUUAUUUCAGAUUAUUAAUGGAAUUGGAUUUUGUCACAGUCACAAUAUCAUACACCGAGAUAUAAAGCCAGAGAAUAUAUUAGUCUCUCAAUCUGGUGUUGUCAAGUUAUGUGACUUUGGAUUUGCACGGACGUUGGCAGCUCCUGGGGAGGUUUACACAGAUUAUGUGGCCACUCGAUGGUACCGUGCUCCAGAACUUCUGGUUGGGGAUGUCAAGUAUGGCAAGGCUGUUGAUGUGUGGGCCAUUGGCUGUCUGGUAAUUGAAAUGCUCAUGGGGAAACCCCUGUUUCCUGGCGAAUCUGAUAUCGAUCAGCUUCAUCAUAUUAUGACAUGUUUAGGUAAUUUAAUUCCAAGACAUCAAGAGCUAUUUUAUAAAAACCCUGUAUUUGCUGGAGUUCGAUUGCCUGAAGUCAAGGAAAUAGAGCCUCUUGAAAAACGCUAUCCUAAGCUCCCUGAAGUUGUGAUAAAUUUAGCAAAGAAAUGCUUACAUAUUGACCCGGACAAGAGGCCCUUCUGUGCUGACCUCCUGCACCAUGAUUUCUUUCAGAUGGACGGAUUUACUGAGAGGUUUUCUCAGGAACUACAGUUAAAAAUAGAGAAAGAUGCCAGGAAUGUUUCUCUACCUAAAAAAUCCCUGAACAGAAAGAAGGAAAAAGAUGAUACUUUAAGUGAAGAAAGAAGAACACUUGUGGUGCAGGAUACUAAUGCUGAUCCCAAAACUAAGGAUUGUAAAAUGCUAAAAGUAAAAGGGUUAAAAAUUGAUGGAGAAAAAAUUGAAAAAGGCAGCAGAGCUUCAAAUACCAGUUGUCUCCACAGCAGUGGGACAAACCACAUCAAAGGCAUGCCAUCCACCAGCCUCCCAGACUGUAGCAAUGUCAGCAUGGACCACCCAAGGAAUCCAGGCAUGGUGAUCCCCCCACUGACACACAGUCUUUCUGCAGCUGUUCCUGGUAUUAAUUCUGGAGUGGGGACUAUUCCAGGAGCUCAGAGUUACAGAGUGGAUGAAAAAACUAAGAAAUACUGUAUACCUUUUGUUAAACCAAACCAGCCUUCCCCAUCAGGAAUUUAUAAUGUGAAUGUGACCACGUCGGUCUCCAGUGAGAAGAACUUUCUUCAGGCAAAUAAGAAAAGAAAAGAAUAUUCCAAAGCAGAUGUGCAUUUGCCUGAACUGAAUUAUAAUCACCUCCCUGAACUAAGAACUUUAGAAGGCAUAGCUCGGAAUUCUAGGCUAAUAAAGAAAGAGAACAAAUCCGUUUCAGAAUCUCGAAUUCCUUCUCUGGCUGCUAUUGACCUACAUGCUUCCAGCAUUGCAUUAUAUCAGGUAUCAGGAUUGCCUGUGUCAGAGGAUUCGGAGGCUGAUCUGCCUCGGGUGGAGCACCAGUACUGAGAGUCAUCGUAGUUCUGAGCAGGAUGCUGCUCUAAGCACUUGAGAUGAUAUCUUCUUGCAACAGGAGUACUGAUGUCCAAGAAGAGAUUAUUUCCUUCUGAACUACCUGCAUUUUCUAAGAAAGGCUUUUGUAAAAGAAGGAAAGACGGACUUCCAGAUAUUUCAAAGGAAGAUGGAGCAAGUACUUCCUGCCUCCCAACUGUUAUCCCUUCCCAGUCUAUUGAUGAAAGAUAGUGAUAUGGUUCUUGUUACGUGAAUGUGUAUUUGAUAUUAGUAGGUUGUAUAUUUAAGUUCUCUGGGAUUAAACGUGAACAAAAAAAAAAUUAUAAAAGGUCAUGUUAUUUAUGCAUCGAACUUUGUGUUAUCUGUAUAUAGGUUUACAAAGUGAAUAAAAUGUAAAAAGCCAGGAUCUGUAAGAGAAAUGUCUUCUUUAAGUGUAAGAACACAUUGAAAAAGCUUUCUUCUAGGCAUUAAAGUGAUAUGCAACUACUGUCUAUGAUUAGAUCUAUAUCUUUGGUUUCUGUUAUUAUUAUUGAUGUUCAGUCAGUGUGCUAUGGGAAUCUGGUCUCUGACAGUCUUCUAAAAACCAUACUAAUGCAAACCUGGCAGAGAAUUCUUUUAUUUCUAAUGACUCUGGCAUUGGAUAUUUCUGUGCAUUCAUGAGAUUCUGGUGCUGAUGUUCCUGUGUGAGAGAACAUGAUUAGAACAUGAGUGAAGAUGGAACAUUUAAUAGUUCUACCUUGUAGUUAGGUACUGUGCUUCUCACUGAGAAAAGAGGUAUACAAAUACAAGUUGGGAAGCAAGAAGAAGUAAUCCUGGUUACUUUCUCUCUGAGCCAACUACUACUGAAACAUAAGCUGCAGAGGCAUAUGGAGGACUCCACUCUUGCCCACUGGUAGUUUGAGGAUGAUAAUGGAUAGAACCCAGAGAAGUGCCUGCUUCCUCAUUACCUCAAAUACUUAGGCCCUUCUAAAAGCUUUUUACAAAGGUGCAGCAUCAUUUACACACAUUCCACACUUGCUUCCUAGGUCACAGGCCCACAACUUUUUAAAUGGGAGGAGUCUGCCAGUUUGGCUCCAUAUACUCAGUUUCUGGAUUUCCAACCAUGUUCUGCAGUUAUCAUUUGAGAAAAUAGGUUUUAAGUGGACCAAUCAGAAUUUGUGUAAGUUUUUGCCUUAACAAAUUAAUAGCUUGUUCCCCCCCCCCAAAAAAAGCCAUUUACUAGAAUUUAGUCCCAAGAAUUUGACUAGAAUUCUUUAUUACUCUGAGGAGUUUAAUAAUAAAAUCUGACCAUAAAUACCUGGAAUUCAAAAGAGGAGGACAUACAGAAGGAGGCAAAAGAAACAGUCCCACUGUAAAAGAAUAUGGAUAGUGAUUAAAGGUGCGUACCUUUCAUCCCAGCACUGGGAGGCAGGGGAAGGAGGAUCACUAUGAGUUCAAGGCCAGCCUGAGACCACAUAGUGAAUUCCAGGUCAGCCUGGGCUAGAGUGUGACCCUACCUUGAAAAGCAAACAAACAAAAUAUUUUUAUUAAAAAUAUUUCACCUCUGACCAGGGUUUGAUUAGAUUAGCAAGGCAAACAUUUACUAUAACAGCAUUAAUAGGUUUCAUGCUAAAAUGCUGUUAUUUUACUUUGCAAAAUAUUACCAAUAGAUUACAGCAUGGAAAAAUAUCAAUAGUGAAAGACAGGUGGCAGUGAGUUCAUUUCAAUGCCAUUUUUAAAAUUUUUAAUGUUUAUUUUUUAUUUAUUUGAGAGCAACAGACAGAGAAAGGCAGAUAGAUAGAGAAUGGGCACACCAGGGCCUCCAGCCACUGCAAAUGAACACCAGAUGCAUGCGUCACCUUGUGCAUCUGGCUUACAUGGGUCCUGGGGGAUUGAGCCCGAACCAAGGGUCCUUAGGCUUCACAGGCAAGCAUUUAACCACUAAGCCAUCUCUCCAGCCCGCAAUGCCAUGUUUAAUGAAAAGGUCCAUAUGAAAUGUCAGCUUCAGAAACUAUAGGCUCAAUUACCUUAUUAAUAUACUAGCAUGGUUUAUGUCUUUUACCUAUUAAGACACUUUGUGAACAUUAGAAUUAAAGAACUAAAAAUCAUUUGCUUAAGUACAUACUGAGAUGUAGGGAUCAUUUUUAGUUAGAACCUUGGAAGAACUACUAAAAAGAUUUUGCAAAUCAGAACUAAAGGUAUUGAACCAAAAUAAUCUCUCUUUUCAGUGUGUUUAUUUAGUCUGUCUUUGCAAGGAUAUGAUACAGUCACAGCUGAUGAGAACUGUGUGAAUGUACUGGUGGGAAGCAGUGGGCUUGCUGUGUGUGCACUUUAAAAUGAAUAAAUAUUAUCUUGCUAAGGUCAUAGAUGGUUUUAAUUUAGGUUUAUUUAAGUAAGAGAUUACAAAUUAUAUAUAUAUACCACUAUAUGGUAUUUAAUAAAUAAAGUUGAGUUAAUCUAUUAA